AUGGCGGGACCCUGUGCCCGGGCCGGUGCCGUGGAGCGCGCGGGCAGCUGCUGGCAGGACCCGCUGGCUGAGGCGCUGAGUCCCGGCCGACCGGUCUCGGUGGCCCCCGGCCGGGGCUGCGCGCGGAGUCGGCCGCUCAGUGUGGUGUACGUGCUGACCCGGGAGCCCGGGCCCGGGCCGGAGGCCGGGGCGGGAGCCGAGGCGGAGCCGCUGCCCCUGCGCUGCCUGCGCGAGGCCUGCGCGCUGCUCCCGGGGACGCGGCCGGCGCCGCAGCUGCGCAGCCUGCCCUUCGGGACCCUGGCGCUGGGCGACACCGCGGCGCUCGACUCCUUCUACAACGCGGAUGUGGUGGUGCUGGAGGUGAGCAGCUCCCUGGCCCAGCCCUCCCUGUUCUACCACCUUGGCGUGCGCGAGAGCUUCAGCAUGACUAACAACGUGCUCCUCUGCUCUCAGGCAGAGCUCCCUGGCCUGCAGGCCCUGCGCGAGGAUGUUUUCCAGAAGAACUCGGACUGCGUUGGCAGCUACACUUUGAUUCCCUACGUGGUGACAGCCACUGGUCGGGUGCUAUGUGGCGACGCAGGCCUCCUGAGGGGCAUGGCUGAUGGGCUAGUGCAGGCUGGGGUAGGCACUGAGGCCUUGCUUACUCCCCUGGUAGGCCGUCUUGCCCGCCUGCUGGAGGCAACACCCACAGACUCUUGUGGAUAUUUCCGGGAGACCAUUCGGCAGGAUAUCCGGCAGGCCCGGGAGCGCUUCAGUGGGCAUCAGCUGCGGCAGGAGCUGGCUCGCCUGCAGCGGAGACUGGACAGCGUGGAGCUGCUGAGCCCUGACAUCAUCAUGAACCUGCUGCUGUCCUACCGAGACGUGCAGGACUACUCGGCCAUCAUUGAGCUCGUAGAAACGCUGCAAGCCUUGCCCACUUGUGACGUAGCCGAGCAGCACAAUGUCCGCUUCCACUACACAUUUGCUCUGAACCGAAGGAAUAGGCCGGGGGACCGGGAGAAGGCACUGGCUGUGUUACUGCCCCUGGUCCAGUUUGAGGGCCCUGUGGCACCAGAUCUGUACUGCAUGUGUGGCCGUGUCUACAAAGACAUGUUCUUCAGCUCGGGUUUCCAAGAUGCUGGGCCCUUGAAACAGGCCUAUCACUGGUACCGGAAGGCCUUUGACGUGGAGCCCAGCCUCCACUCAGGCAUCAAUGCGGCUGUGCUCCUCAUUGCGGCUGGACAGCAAUUUGAAGAUUCUGAGGAGCUCCAGCUGAUAGGCAUGAAGCUGGGCUGCCUGCUGGCCCGCAAAGGCUGCGUGGAGAAGAUGCAGUAUUACUGGGAUGUAGGUUUCUACCUGGGAGCUCAGAUCCUUGCCAAUGACCCCACCCAGGUCGUGCUGGCCGCUGAGCAGCUGUACAAGCUCAACGCCCCCAUCUGGUACCUGGUGUCGGUGAUGGAAACCUUCCUGCUCUACCAACACUUCAGACCCACGCCAGAGCCCUCCGGAGGACCCCUGCUGCGAGCUCACUUCUGGCUCCACUUUUUACUACAGUCCUGUCAGCCUUUCAAGUCAGCUUCUCCCCACCGGGACCAGUGCCUGGUUCUGAUCCUGGAGAUGAAUAAAGUGCUGCUGCCGGCGAGGCUGGAGCUGCAGGGAACAGACCCCGUGAGCGCCGUGACCCUCAGCUUGCUGGAGCCAGACACCCAGGAUGAUCCAUCCAGCUGGACCUUCCCAGUGGCCAGCAUCUGCGGGAUCAGUGCCUCCAAACUGGACGAGCGCUGCUGCUUCCUGUACGCGCUGCCCCCGGCCCAGGACGCCCAGCUGUGCUUCCCCAGCAUAGAGCGCUGCCAGUGGUUUUGCAGCCUGAUCCAGGCCUUGGUGACGAAUCCAGAUUCCUCCGCGCCCAUGGAAGAGGCUGAGGGCGUAAGGGAGGUGCUGGAGUUUGAUUACGAAUACUCAGAGACUGGUGAGCGGCUGGUGCUGGGCAAGGGCACGUAUGGAGUGGUGUACGCCGGCCGUGAUCGGCACACGAGGGUGCGCAUUGCCAUCAAGGAGAUCCCCGAGCGAGACAGCAGGUUCUCUCAGCCCCUACACGAAGAGAUCGCUCUCCACAAACGCCUACGCCACAAGAACAUCGUGCGCUACCUGGGCUCAGCCAGCCAGGGAGGCUACCUCAAGAUCUUCAUGGAAGAAGUGCCUGGAGGCAGCCUGUCCUCCUUGCUUCGGUCAGUGUGGGGACCCCUCAAGGACAACGAGAGUACUAUUAGUUUCUACACCCGUCAGAUCCUACAGGGACUCAGCUAUCUGCACGAGAACCGAAUUGUGCACCGGGACAUCAAGGGGGACAAUGUACUAAUCAACACCUUCAGCGGGCUGCUCAAGAUUUCGGACUUUGGUACCUCCAAGCGGCUGGCAGGCAUCACACCCUGCACAGAGACCUUCACCGGGACUCUACAGUACAUGGCCCCAGAAAUCAUUGACCAGGGCCCAAGAGGAUACGGGAAGGCAGCUGACAUCUGGUCAUUGGGCUGCACAGUGAUUGAGAUGGCCACCGGUCGCCCACCCUUCCAUGAGCUAGGGAAUCCACAGGCCGCCAUGUUUCAGGUGGGCAUGUACAAGGUGCACCCACCAAUGCCCAGUUCUCUGUCAGCUGAGGCCCAGGCCUUCCUCCUCCGAACUUUUGAGCCAGACCCUAGACUCCGAGCCAGCGCCCAAGAGCUGCUGGAAGACCCCUUCCUGCAGCCGGGAAGGAGGAGCCGUAGCCCGGGCUCUCCUCGUCGUGCUCCCAGACCCUCAGAUGCUCCUUCAGCUGGUCCCACCCCUUCAGCUGACUCAGCCACCCAGUCCCAGACGUUUCCGCGGCCUCAGACACCCUCUCAGCACCCACUCAGUCCCCCGAAACGCUGCCUCAGUUAUGGAGAUACCAGCCAGCUUCGGGUGCCCGAGGAGCCCGGGGCCGAGGAGCCCACGUCCCCAGAGGAGAGUUCAGGGCUGAGCCUCCUGCACCUGGAGAGCGAGCGCCGGGCCAUGCUGGCCGAGGUGCUGGAGCAGGAGCUGCCGGUGCUGGCCGAGCAUCUUCGCCUGGAGCAGGAACAGGGUUCUCCUCUCGGAAGGAAUUAUGUGGAACAGCUGCUUCGCUGCCUGGGGGCACACAUCCACACUCCCAACCGCCGGCGGCUGGCCCAGGAGCUGCGGGCACUGCAAACGCACCUGCGGGCCCAGGGCCUUGGGCCUGCGCUUCUGAAUGGGCCGCUCUUCGCCUUUCCAGCGGCGGUGAAGCAGAUCCUCCGCAGGCGCCAGAUCCGCCCACACUGGAUGUUCGUGCUGGACUCGCUGCUCAGCCGCUCAGUGCGGGCAGCGCUAGCUGUGCUGGACGCGGAAGUGGAGAAGAAGGUGGUCUCACCAAGAUCGGAGGAGGGCAGUAAAGAAGAGGAGUCCCAGCAGAAGCAACAGGAGAGGCAGGUUCUACCGAACCCACCAGAACCCGAGCAGGGGCCUCCUCCUCUCAUAGUGCAGCUGAGUCUCUUGAGAGCAGAGACGGACAGGCUUCGGGAUGUCCUGGCGGAGAAGGAACGUGAGUACCAGACGCUGGUACACCAGGCGUUAGGACGGAUCAAUGUGGAAGCCAUGUCCUAUGUCCUGGCCUCAGAGCCCCCAGCCGCUCUCCCAAAGGACCAGAGCCUGGUGCAGUGGCUACAGGAACUAAGUGUGGACCCAGCCACCAUCCAAACGCUGCUCAACCACAGCUUCACCCUCCAUGCCUUGCUCACCUGUGCCACUCGAGAUGACCUCCUGUACAGUCGCAUCAGGGGAGGGAUGGUAUGCCGAAUCUGGAGAGCCAUCUUAGCACAUCGAGGAGGAUCCACCGCAGUUACCCAGGGAACCCGACAGGCUGAAUGAGGGCACACCCAUGGCUGGAUGAACCGAGAAGACACAGGCAGCUUCUGACACACCUGCCCUGGGACCCAGGGGCAACUGCAGGGGCUCAGGCCUAUCUCCAGUGGGCAGGGUUAACUACAGAGGCACCGAAGCACACUACACAUGACCAAAGACUAUUAAAAAGAACACUUUUUUUUCUUUGGUUUUUCGAGGUAGGGUUUUACUCUAGCCCAAACUGACCGGGUAAUCACUAUGUAGUCUCAGGGUGGCCUUGAACUCAUGGUGAUCCUCCUACCUCUGCCUCCUGAGUGCUAGGAUUAAAGGUGUGCAUCACCAUACCCAACUAAAAAGAACACUUUUGCUGAGCAGGG